AUGCGAGCUCUUUGCGCCGUCAGAUGCAUGUACAACGUGGAUUGGAGCGAAGGAGCCAGCCCCGACUUCAACAAGACCCCAUGCGCCGUGGAGUUCUAUGUUAAUGGGAAAGGCUUUGAGUUUAAGAUUGAAGUUGGGAAUUGUAUUGAUUACAUUUUGAUAGGUAAUGUAAGGAAACGUGACAUUUUUACAUCCGAUGUCAAGCGUAAUAUAAUUUUUGGCCUUAAUUAGUUCCAAAAUGCAAAUAUGAAGUGAGGAAGUAACCUAAAUGCCCUUUUAUGUGUUUUUAUGUCUAGACUGGGAUAUUGAUUUUAUUGCACAUGACAGCUUUCAAUCUGAUGUCAAGUAUAAUACAAGUUUUGCCCCGAAUUCGCUCCAAAACGCUUUCAUAAAGCAAAUCAAAGUAAAAUCAAGUGUCUAUCAGUUUUGCAAGCAAAAUUUGGCGAUUAAUUAUAUUAAGGAUGUAAUUUUUAUGUUAGCCAUCAAGUGCUAUAUAAUUUUCAUCGUUUUUGAGUUCACAAUAUAACUCAAUCAACUUUCAAUGCUCUUGUGGUCCUAAAUGAACUCCUGGACAAUCCGCGAAAGGCUCGGUACUACGUCCGUCACGGCCGUCUUCCACGAAAAUACCGAGUUCCGACGGCCGAAGGGGAGCGCUCUCGCCGAACCACAGUCUGA